AUGCAUCUGGUAUUCGACUUCGACGGAACAAUCACUCAGCAAGACUCGAUCGGGGAGCUUGCCCGCUCAGCCAUCGAGAUACAGCGGAACAGGAAAGGCCAUGAUCUCCAGGCUUCAUGGGACCAAGUGGUCCAAGCCUAUAUCGCCGAUUACAGACACUACAAGGAGAAUCACCCAUCGCCAGAGGAUACGCGUAUAUGCGUGGACCAAGAGUUUGAAUUUUUGUCGGGAAUGAAAGACGUGGAGGAGGCAUCGUUGCAGCGUAUUGCCGAGUCACAAAUAUUCGAAGGCUUGGACGCUAAGACGCUGUCGCAAGCGGGAGCCGACGCCGUUCAAGCUGGAAGGAUAAAGAUCAGAGACGGUUUCACGGAGGUCAUGAGAUUAGUGGAGGAUAGAAACUGGAGCGUGAGCGUUAUAUCGGUCAAUUGGUCCCGUUCCUUUCUUCGAGGUGCUCUAUUGCCACACACGCUCGAUGUCAUUGCCAACGAACCAGCCAUGGACGGAACCAUCACCGGACCCGAGUUCUUCAACGGACGAAUGACAAAUGCAAAAGAGAAGAAAGAGGCCCUGAAGCAUCUUAAUAAAGAGAAAGACGGGAAAGUGAUUUACUUUGGGGAUUCGACAACAGAUAUGGAGUGCUUGCUCGCGGGAGGGGUUGUGAUAUCGGACGAUGAAGAAUCUCCUUUGUUGAAGGCGUUGAAGAGAAUCAAAGUCAAUGUCCCACAUGUUAGUGACAAGAGCGAAAGAGACGGUAAAGUGAAAUGGGCAAGAAACUUUCGCGAAGUAUUGGAUAGUGGACUGUUGAAUGAACAGGCAUAA